AUGGCAAGUAGUGUGAGCGAUGUUUCAGCAUUUCAACAAACAGAAUUUUAUAGAAAGUUGGAAAAUAAUACAGCGAAUUUGCCAAAUCCAACAAACUUGCCACAUACUGAAAAUAUUUCUUCCUAUUUUAUUGUUGGAGAUGGCAUUUUCACGUUGAGACCAUAUAUGAUGGUACCAUUCAGGAGAAACCGCCGCCUUACCCGUUUAGAAGAAUUGUUCAAUUAUAGAUUAUCAAAGGCCCGGCAGACCAUUGAGUGCGCCUUUGGAAUACUAUCUGCUCGAUGGCAAAUUUUACAAAAUAAAAUGGCUUUCAAAUUAAGUACAUCAAUUGCUGUAGUCCAGGCAGUAGUAUGCCUUCAUAAUUUCAUAAUAACGAGAGAGUUGGCAACUGAUGAAGAUUAUAGAAAUUAUUUUCCAGAACGGAUGAUGGAACAGCUUGUCCGGAGAAAUAGAGCUGGAGACAAUAAUGACAUUUCAGAUGACGAAUUUGCGUUAAAUGAUGACGAUGAGAAUAAUGUAGCAAAUGUUGUGAAUGAUAACAUAAACGAACAAGCAUUGCGUAAUUUAUUGGCCGAAUAUUUCCUAAACCAUUGA